AUGAAGAUGAGGAGCAGGAGGAAGAGGAGGUUUCAGCAGAGGAACCUGCUGCUGAUCUGAGUUCAGGUGUUUCUGACCCAGACAGGAAGCAAAGCAGAACUGAAAGCUCCACCUGAUCAUCCAGCCAAUCAGAGAUUGGUUUCCAUGGUGACCUGACCUGUGACCUCCCCAGCUGGGUGUUGGUUCUACGCCAGCUGGAAGCUGAACCAGGAUCAGCCGCUAAAUUUACCUCAGAUUACCAGCAGAGCCGUUGCUGAGCGGACCGUCAGACCGCAGACAACAACAUGUCCCUUAGCAACGCCACCGGACCCGGACCCGCCUGGAAGAAUCACAGCUUCAGCACCGGGGGGGGCAGAGACCCCCCUCUCUCUGACCAGGGAGAGACUAUCAUCGGGGUCUACCUCCUGCUGCUGGGGUGGAUGUCCUGGUUUGGGAACAGCAUCGUCCUCUUUGUCCUCCUGAGACAGAGAGCGUCUCUGCAGCCCACUGACUAUCUGACCUUUAACCUCGCCGUCUCCGAUGCCAGCAUCUCCGUGUUUGGCUACUCCAGAGGCAUCAUUGAGAUCUUCAACGUGUUCCAGGACAGCAGCCACCUCGUCUCCUCCGUCUGGACCUGCCAGGUGGACGGGUUCUUCACACUGGUGUUUGGUCUCAGCAGCAUCUACACCCUGACGGUGAUCAGCUUCACCCGCUACAUUAAAGGGUGCCACCCCAACAGAGCUCAUCGCAUCACCAGGAGCUCUGUCUUCGUCUCUCUGCUCUACAUCUGGGUCACGGCCGGGUUCUGGUCCGCAGCGCCGCUGCUAGGCUGGGGCAGCUACACAGAUCGGGGGUACGGUACUUGUGAGAUCGACUGGUCCAAAGCCAGCUACUCUGCCGUCUACCGGUCUUACAUCAUCUCCAUCUUCGUCUUCUGCUUCUUCGUGCCGGUCCUCAUCAUGCUCUUCUGCUACGUGUCCAUCAUCAACACGGUGAAGAGGGGCAACGCCCUUUCUGCCAACGGAGACCUGACCGACCGGCAGAGGAAGAUCGAGAGAGAUGUCACCAUCGUCUCCAUAGUGAUCUGCACGGCCUUCAUCCUGGCCUGGUCUCCCUAUGCAGUGGUCUCCAUGUGGUCCGCCUGCGGUUUCCACGUGCCCAAUCUGACCAGUAUCUUCACUCGCCUCUUCGCCAAGUCCGCCAGCUUCUACAACCCCCUGAUCUACUUCGGCCUCAGCUCCAAGUUCCGUAAAGACGUGGCCAUCUUGCUUCCCUGCACCCAGAACGCCAAAGACGCCGUCAGGCUGAAGCGCUUCAGACCAAAGGCAGAAGGUCACGGCCGCCGCGCCACAGGAGGAGCCAGAUUCAAAGGUCCCCUGAACCACUCUGAAAAGAAAUACUCCCCGAUGAACCAGAGCCCUGCCACCCCGGGCUGUGGCAAGGAGACGCCGCCGCCUGGCACUGCACCAGCUGACGCCAAGGAGGUGUUCUUCAUCAACAUGGCCGCUGCGCCUGAGGCCAGCUCUGAGUUUGAGUGUGUCAGACUCUGACCAAGACACCUGAACUCUGAUGCUGUAACUCUGUCCGACCUUAACCAGCCAUGAUCGGGAACAUUUCCAUCCUCUGGGCCUUCAGAACAGAAGAACCAGGUUACUUUGACCUUUAACCCCAUCUAGAGACACUCUUGUAAAAGUACCAAAUCAGAUGAAGAGGUCAGGUUAAGAUUUACCUCUAGAGUCUCAGAUUCAGGUUUUCCAACCUUUAGACUGAGUUUGAUUGAGAAGCUUUUGGUCUGGCUCUGAUCAUCAAGCGAUGAUUCCCUGCUGAGUGAAGUGACCAGUCACUCUUAAAGGGCCGGUGUCGUGUAAAAUGUUAUCUUUCCAGCAUGUUAGAAUCAAACCUGGAGUGUUCCCUUGAUUCCUUCAUGUUUGAGAAAUCCCUUCUUCAGCUGUGCAAAACACCAAGGUGGACCUAGCUCCGCCUUCCGGCCGCAGCUCCUCCUCAGAGCUGCGGCUCCUUCAGACUAGCCAGCAGCAAUUUGUAAGCAUCAGCUGAGUCCAUUACAGGAACUGCUGCUGGUUAAAAUGUUAGGCGUUGAGGAGAGAGAGCAGGAAUUGUUAAAGAGACAGAGGCCCAAUUUCAAGGCGCUAAAUUAUAAAAUCUAAUUUCUCUCAAGUCAUUUUGGAUCAGUGCAGCAUCUUUAUACCAACUGGAGGGAACAGCAGCUGGAUCAGGCAAUAAAUGGCACCAUGUGGCUGGAAAACACAGAUUACUAGCCCUUUAAAUGUUUUUCUGUCUGGUUAGGUCAGUUUUCCUCCUCUGAAGUUUGGGGUACCCCAAGGUUCCCUUUUGGGACCCAAGCCCUUCUCAUGCUUCCUCUGGGGCCCAUCAUAUGUAGCCGGGGCAUCUUGCUGCGCCCUCUUCCUGUUGCCCAUAUAUGGAAGACGCUGUGACGGAGCAGCUGGCUUGUUAGGGAGACAGACAGGAAAUCAGCAUUUAGUUUAAAAGCAGGUAGAUGCUGAGGUCGGAUGCAGGCUGAUGACCCGUACAGGUUUGUUUAACAUUAACAUUUAUGUCCGAUUCCUCCACUGAUGGUUAUAGGAAACAAACUUUAGAGACGUCAAGACGCCGUUUACUGGUUUCACUGUAGGGUCAGAGCCGUUUCUGAUCAUCUGGCUGCUUCAUGUUCUUGUCUAACCUGAUUUCUGUUGUGUGAAGGUUGGCCUGCUAGUUUACUAGAUGGUUAUUGUUGAUUAAAAGAACUUUUCUUGUUUAGGUUUUAUUUAGGGACAGAGUUUCUCCUGUCGCCCUCUGGCCUGUUUUAAACUGGACCUACAGGCCGUUUUAUUCAGAUUGACACCAGUGGGAGGAAGUUUUUCUUUUCUUUGGGGGUUUUGUGUUUUUGUUGGGAGACUCGGCUACAUUUAGUUGUAUUUGUGUUUUCCUAUUAUUAUUCCUCCCCCUAACCGUCUAAUUUGAUCUAAUUGGGUUUUGAUUCUUUUCAGCUUCAGGGUCCAGCAGACUCCCACCUUUAGAUGGUCACUUGGUAGAAUAAAAUACAUCGUGACCAUUUUUGCCCAUGAAACAUUUGUGAAUUCAGUAAACUAAUCUGCAGCAGUGCCUCUGUCAGUUUUUACAAACUCAUCUGUGUGAUCUGGUAAAAGAGGAUCUAGAGCUGCAUCCAGGGCCACGAAUAGAAAAUCCAUCAUGUCACUGCAGCAGGUUCUGCUGCUUCCUGUCUCACUGGGUUCUAAUUCUUUUAUUUCACUGUUUUUGCCUGUUCUUGUGUAAAACGGCUAUAAAAUAAAGAUUGAUUGAACGUAGAA